AUGCCUGAGCAAGAUCCACUGAAUCCCAAUGGCCGCAAGCGAUCUGAAGUUCACUAUAUUUCAAUUCCAUUGAACAGAGGUUCUGCGUUUUCACCAGAUGAUACCAUAUCACAGUUUCAAUCUGAUGGAUUCAUGACACGUAGACAAUCUAUUUUAGACCAGCCGGUCGGCUCUUUUAAGGGAGUUAAUUCUCUAAGUAGAUUCGCGACCUCGCUGAGAAGAGCUAAUUCGUUCCGUAACAUCGAACUAAAUGCGGAUAACGAAAGAUCUUUUUUUAAAGAGAGUAAUGAUGAAACUUACGACCCUGAUACUUUGGCUCCAGCUUUAGACGGUAGAAGGUUGUCAGUAACUCUUAAUAAUGCAGGUCGUCCCCGUGUUAGUAAUUUAGCCAACAACGAUAGAGUCAGCACAGUUAGUAUGGCUAUUCACGACGAUGAUUAUGGGUCUAUUCAAAAUUCCACAAUUGAGGAUUCAGGAUCUAUACUACGUCCUACCGCCUCUUUAACCGAAAUGAUGAGCGGUGGCGCGGGACGUAGCUGUAUAAAUAAUGACAUGGAAUCAAUUGUAGUGAAAAGAGUGGAAGGUGUAGAUGGUAAGGUGGUGACUCUUCUUGCUGGCCAAUCGACCGCCCCACAGACUAUAUUCAAUUCGAUUAAUGUACUGAUCGGUAUUGGACUUCUGGCGUUACCUCUUGGGUUGAAAUAUGCCGGCUGGGUUCUGGGGCUUACUAUGCUUGCCAUAUUUGCCAUAGGAACAUUUUGUACAGCCGAACUUCUGUCUAGGUGCCUAGAUACAGAUCCAACUUUGAUAUCAUAUGCAGAUUUGGGAUAUGCAGCAUUUGGUUCGAAAGGUCGUGCACUAAUUUCUGCUUUGUUCACGCUUGAUCUAUUGGGUAGCGGGGUGUCUUUGGUGAUUCUCUUUGGUGAUUCUUUAAACGCUCUCUUUCCUCAAUAUUCAACCACUUUUUUCAAGAUAGUUUCAUUUUUUGUCAUCACACCUCCGGUUUUCAUACCAUUGAGUGUUCUUUCUAACAUCUCACUCUUUGGUAUUCUUUCAACAACGGGGACUGUGUUGCUCAUUUGCUGUUGCGGAUUAUACAAGUCAUCUUCACCGGGAUCAUUGAUUACUCCAAUGGAAACGAGCAUGUGGCCAAUCGACUUGAAGCACCUCUGUCUAUCUAUUGGUUUAUUGAGUGCCUGUUGGGGAGGGCAUGCAGUUUUUCCUAACUUGAAGACAGAUAUGAGACAUCCGGAAAAAUUUAAGGACUGUUUGAAGACAACUUAUAAGAUAACAUCGGUCACUGACAUAGGCACAGCCGUUAUCGGAUUUCUGAUGUUCGGUAAUCUGGUAAAAGAUGAAAUUACUAAGAAUGUUUUGCUAACGGAAGGAUAUCCAAAAUUCGUAUAUGGCUUGAUUUCAGCACUUAUGACUAUCAUUCCUAUCGCGAAAACCCCGUUAAAUGCAAGACCCAUUGUUUCUGUGCUAGACGUUCUCAUGCAUAUACAACACAUAGAUGAAACGGCUAGUGUUUUGAAAAGAAGAGUAGCAAAAGGUCUCCGGACGUUCAAUAGGAUUUUCAUCAAUGUUGUUUUCGUUUUGAUAGCUAUCAAUUUCCCUGAGUUUGAUAAGAUUAUUGCAUUCUUAGGUGCAGGCUUGUGUUUUACAAUUUGUCUCAUUUUGCCGUGUUGGUUCUAUUUAAGAUUAUGUAAGACAACUAUUAAACCAUGGGAAAGAGUGGCCUGUCACAUAACCAUAUGUAUAAGUGUUGUAUUGUCUACAUUAGGAGUUGGUGCUGCGAUCAUCUCUUAG